CUGGAUUUACAGUAAACAAGCAGCACAGUGUGUUCACAGUCCACUCAUGUCUGCUGCUGGUUUGGGGUGGAUUUGGGCCGUUUCCAGCCGGUAACCCUCCACAUCACUGCUCCGGCGCUGGACGAAGGGAUGAAGGCGGUAUUUUUAAAGCAGCCUGAUCCUAUUGAGGGCAGUGUCGCACUCCUGGGAGUUAAUUGGAGAAACCCAGCAGACGGGAAGGAGGCCCCCAGGAUAAAUGUUGUUGUUUGGACUGAGAAGAGGAACAGCUGUGACGUGAUGGGCUAAAUCAUAGAGAGAAAUAAGCGCCAACCUGGCUUAAAAACCCGACUACCACAGAGAGACAAAAGUCAUCAGUUGUCUGAAGAUACACUCAGCAUGGUGAAACGUCUUCCUACAACUGAUGAGCAGAGCAGUGUGAGAAAGAGUUUGCAGAGGACUCCAGCACCGGAAAAAAAAUAAACUUAUUACAAAUGUACAAGUUGAUUCCAGGAUUUCUUUUCAACUUUUGCAAUUGUUGCAAACCAAAUGCGAUAAUGAUUUAUGGCAUUCUAAGGGUGUUCUGUUGGGAAAAAUGAGCCCAAAAAAGUAAAAAAUUCCUGAUCAUGUUUCCAUGUGUCAAUAAAUGUGCUCAAAGUCGGUCGAUAGAGUUUUUGAAAACAUUUUUGAUAAACUAAGAUAAAAUUUCACAGAUACUAUCUUAGCCCUCGUGUCAUCCUGCGGGUCAAAAUUGAACCGUUUUAAAGUUUGAAAAUGUGGAAAAAUAUAUAUUUUCACAUUGAAACUUCUGAUGUCCACAUUUUCAACAUUUUUGGGAAAUUUUUGAACAUUUUUUGGUGGAAAAAAAGAAAUGUUAAAAAAAUGUUUAAGAACAUUCAGGAUAAAAAUCAACCAAAAUCCAGCGAAUUUAGGAUUUUUGUUUCUUGCCAAAUUUGGGGGAUUUUUUAAAAAUUAAACUUUUAAGGAAUUAUUGGAAAUUUCUUUCUGAAGGUUUUGCAAAUUUUCAGAAAUUUGGGGAAUUUUUUUUCUGAAUUUUUUGAUUGUUUUCAGACAAGGAAACAAGAUUUUUUGGUUCCUGUAAUUGAAGACAACAGGAGGGGUCAGGAGGAAACCGGGUCAGGUGAAUCCUGUGACAACUUCACCGACCUGAACCUGUCCCACUGCUUCAUGGGAACCAGCCUCUACGUCCGGCUGCUGCUCUACACCCGGUCCAACCUGGACUGUGGCCGCGAGAUCAACCACCGCCGCCUGGCCUCCCAGCCGCUCCUCAACCUCUCCCGGCCCACCGCCUUCGUCAUCCACGGCUACCGGCCCACCGGAGCGCCGCCCAUCUGGAUCAACCACAUCGUCCACCUGCUGGCCGAGCAGGAGGACCUGAACGUCAUCGUGGUGGACUGGAACAAAGGGGCGGCCAACCUCAACUACUUCACCGCUGUAACCUACACGAGGGAGGCGGCCUAUAACCUGACCGGCUUCAUCAUGAAGAUGGAGGAGGAAGGAGCCUCUCUGAGCUCGAUCCACCUCAUCGGCGUCAGUCUGGGAGCUCACCUGGCCGGGUUCAUCGGAGCAAACCUGAAGGGGAAGAUCGGCCGUAUCACAGGUCUUGACCCGGCCGGACCGAUGUUCACCAGCGCCACGCCGGAGGAGAGGCUGGACCCAACGGACGCCAUGUUUGUGGACGUUCUUCACACCGACAUGGACUCGUUUGGCCUGAGAGGAGCUCACGGUCACAUCGAUUUCUACGCCAACGGAGGAGUCGACCAGCCAGGAUGCCCCAAAACCAUCUUUGCAGGUAAAUCGUACUUUGUGUGCGACCACCAGCGCUCCGUCUUCCUCUACCUCUGCUCCCUGAACCGGACCUGCAGCCUCACCGGAUACCCCUGCUCCUCCUACAGCGACUUCCUGGAGGGUCGAUGUUUGCAGUGUGAGGCCUUCAGACCGGCGUCCUGCCCGCUGCUCGGUUACGACCUCGGCCCGUGGAGGGAAACUCUGCUGCGACUCAGACAGACCAAAGCCUUCUUCAGCACCACGGCGACGCUGCCCUACAGGAAGAUGAGCUACAGGGUGGACAUGGUGACGUGGAACCAGUACCUCCGUUGGGGCGUCGUCUACAUCCGGCUGCACAGCGGAAGGAACUUCACCGAGGCCCGAACAGACCAUCAGCUCCUGCGGUUCGAGCAGUACACCUCCACCAGGCUGCUGGCCCAGUUCGAUGAAGAACUGCAGCACGUCCACAAGAUCUCCAUGCGCAUCAGCACCGGAAACGUCAUCGGUCCUCGGUACAAGAUCAGGCUGCUGAGGAUUCGCUUCACGCCGCUGGAACGUCCACUGAGGCCUCUGAUGUGUCGUUUUGACAUCAUCAUGGAGGAGAAUAUGGAGGUGGCGUUCCGUCCGCUGCCCUGUAACUCCAGACUCUGACGCCCUGAACUCUUCUUUACCUUCUUCUUCUGUGGACCCUCAUCGGACUGGCCCUCCCAGACGUCCUCUGGGUGCUGCAGGGUUCCACCAGGUGGAGCUCCAGCUGAAGAACCGACGGCCUCCAGUCCCUGCCGGCCGACGGAGGCGAGGCGGAUUAAUUCUGGUCGCUGGACCCGAACCAGGAAUUAGAAAGCUGAUCAGAGCGAUUGGUUCAGAGAUUAUGGAGACACUUACAUCACGCUGACAUCAGGGGGAUGAGUUCACCUGGAACUGGACAAACUGCAACAAAAACACGACAUUUUCCUCACAUUUGUGGUUGUAAACGCCUCAUUUCAAGGAUGCAGUUUCAUUUUAACAGUAUUUAGUCACACAAAACUGAUCAGAAUUCACAAAAAUUUCAUCAAAACUCUUUCACAUGUUAAAGAUGAAGCUUUCCUUUAAAUGUUUGAGCAGAUUUUAUGCAAAAUAAAUCACUACAUGGCUGAAAA